GAGGACCGGAAGGAGUCUAGUCCUCCCGCCAAUCAGAGUCACCCCAUUGUCUGAAUGCGGAAGUUUGACCAUGAGCUUCUGAAGCUGCUGCUGUUUCUCUGAAAGAAGAUCGAGCUUCACCCCAGAACCCCACUUCCUUCCUCUGUCCAAUAUCUAGUAUUUGAAGAUCUGAAGAUGCAAGUCUCAAUGAACAGAUGAAGGCCUGAUGCCUGAAAUGUUGACUCUCCUGCUUCUCAUGCUGCCUGACCCACUGUGCUUUUACAGCGCAACACUUUUUGACACUGACUCUCCCGCGUCUACAGUCCUUAUUUUCACGUCAAUAUCUGACAGUCACUCAAUUGAUCAGGACAGCCACGAUUUUUGACUAUAAUUCUGUGAGAAGGAGCAAACCUUUUUGGUUCCUGUUUGAGUAAGUUUUCAUUAUCAGUGGGCCUGGAUGAGAGACCCAACUGUUGCUGCCCACUGAAUGUGGAGCCUGAAACUGUUAUACGGCCUGGAAAGAGGAAUUCCCAGCAGUGAGGGGAAGUACAUGCGUUUGAUUGUAGCUGAAGCUUCGGACAUGGAGAAACCGUGGAAGUGUGAUAACUGUGGGAAAGGCUUCCGUACUCCGUCUGACCUGGAGAUUCAUCAGCGCGUCCACACGGGGGAGAGGCCGUUCUCCUGUCCUAAGUGCGGGAAGGGCUUUACCCAGGUCUCUGCCCUGCUUAGGCACCAGCGGAUCCACACGGGGGAGAGGCCUUUCAGUUGCCCCGAGUGUGGGAAGGCCUUCAGCAAUUCCUCCACCUUGCAGACCCACCGACGAGUCCAUACGGGAGAAGGGCCCUUCAGCUGUCCCGAGUGUGGGAAGGCCUUCAGCUAUUCCUACCACCUGCUGAGGCACCAGCGGGUCCACACGGGGGAGAGGCCUUUCAGCUGCCCCGAGUGUGGGAAGGCCUUCAGCAAUUCCUCCACCUUGCUGACCCACCGGCGAAUCCAUACGGGAGAGAGGCCCUUCAGUUGUCCUGAGUGCGGGAAGGCCUUCAGCAAUUCCUCCACCUUGCUGACCCACCGGCGAGUCCAUACGGGAGAAGAGCCCUUCAACUGUCCCGAGUGUGGGAAGGCCUUCAGCUAUUCCUCCCACCUGCUGAGGCACCAGCGGAUCCACACGGGGGAGAGGCCUUUCACUUGCCCCGAGUGUGGGAAGGCCUUCAGCAAUUCCUUCACCUUGCUGACCCACCGGCGAGUCCAUACGGGAGAGCGGCCCUUCAGCUGUCCUGAGUGUGGGAAGGCCUUCACCCGCUCCUCCAACCUCCGGAACCACCAGCGACUUCAUACCGGUGAGAGGCCCUUCAGCUGCCCCGAGUGCAGGAAGGGCUUUACCCAGGCAUCUGCCCUGCUGACCCACCGGCGGAUCCACACGGGGGAGAGACCUUUCAGCUGCCCUGAGUGUGGGAAGGUCUUCAGCAAUUCCUUUGCCCUGCUGAGGCACCAGCGAAUCCACAAGGGGGAGAGACCACUCUCCUGCCCCGAGUGCGGGAAGGCCUUCAGUGAUUCCUCCCACCUUCUGACACACCGGCGGGUCCACACAGGGGAAAGGCCCUUCAGUUGCUCCGAGUGCAGGAAGGCCUUUACCCAGGCCUCUGCCCUGCUGAUCCACCAGCGGCUCCACACAGGGGAGCGGCCCUUCAGCUGCCCAGAGUGCGGUAAAGGCUUCAGCGAUUCCUCCACCCUGCAGACCCACCAGCGGGUCCACACGGGGGAGAGGCCCUUCAGCUGUUGUGAAUGUGGGAAGUGCUUUACCCAGGCCUCUGCCCGGCUGAGACACCAGCGGUCCCACACCGGGGAGAGGCCCUUCAGGUGCCCCAAGUGUGGGAAGGGCUUUGCCCGGGCCUCCAACCUCCAGACCCACCAGCGGAUCCACACGGGGGAGAGGCCCUUUAGUUGUCCUGAGUGCGGGAAGUGCUUUACCCAGGCCAUCACGCUUCAGAAACACCAGCAGGUCCACAUGGGGGAGAGGCCCUUCAGUUGCCCCAGGUGCAGUAAGGUGUUCACCUGCUCCUCCCAGCUGCAGAGGCACCAGCAAGUUCACGUGCCAUAGCAGGGGCAUUGAAGGAGUGACGCCUGAGUGCCAUUAUCGACUGGAAUAUUCAUCCAGUUCCAGGGCCUCCCGGGUUCGGAUCCUGCCGUGGCAGAUGGUGAAAUUGGAAUUCAGUCAGUAAUCUAGAGUUCCAAGUCUAACGAUGAAGCCAU